AUUUCUCAAUAUGGAAGCCGUAAAUGCUGCCCGCAAAAAGUUCCAGUGUAGUGACCCUGCAUGCAAGAAAGAUAGAGUUUACUUCUGCAAAAGCCACCAGAUGAAGGCAUGCAGAAGCUGUGCCAGCAAGAUGCACUUCAGAUGCCAGCUGGAUAUCAUUCACGAUCUGACUGACCUCAAUGUCGAUGUGAUCGAGGCCAAGAGAUUUGUAAAGAGACUGUUCGAGCUCAUAGCUGAGAACGGUCUGAGGGCAUACAGCCCUAAUAUUGACAGUGAACUCAAAGAUUUCCAGGACAGUCUCGUCGAGGUCGAAAAGAAAAUAAGAGAUGCAAUUACUCAUGAUCAUUACGAGCAAUUUGACACUCUUCAGACUCAGAUCAAACACGUACAAAUCCAAAUGUCUGACAGCAAUGCCGUCAAAGAUAUUUUUUACUUUUCAGCGUUAAGAGAUGUCAGCCUGUACAGCUUGCCCAAGAUCGGUAAAGUUUUAUCAUCUUCCACCAAGGUCAAAGAGAAGAUCGACGCUGUGGUAAAAGAAAAUGUGGAGCUGAUGGAGAAGAAGUUCCGUUCCAAAUCAAGGCACUUUGAGCAACAGUGCAAGGACAGGCUCACAGAAGAAUUCAAAGAUGAAAUCCAGAACCUGAAAGAUCAAAAUGAUGCCAAGGAUACAGAGCUUGAGGAACAAAGAGAAGUCACAGAGCAAGCACAUCAAGAUACCAAGAAACAAAGAGACGAAGCCCUUGCUGAAAAUGCCACGUUGCAAGAUGAGAACAAAGAUCUGAAAGAUUUCAAGACUCAGCUUGAAGAGGAUCUGAAGGCUAAACUAGAAGAGAUCAAGGAAUCCAAGUUACAACACGACAAAGACCAGGAAGAAAUAUCCAAAUUAUGCGAAGAGGUAAAAGAAAGCCAUGGCCAACUUGAAGAAGCAAGAGAAACUCUUAGAAAUCAACUUCCAGAUAUUUUCAAAAACUUCAACCCUAAUUCUAAAGACCUCGUUCUGAACAUGAGCCAAGAACAACCACAGAAACUAGUGAAGGCAAUGGGAGACAGCAAGUAUCCCCUUCCCAAUAUGAACAGACUCAAGCUAGAUUACAUCUACAACCAGGAAGCUAUUCUCAACCCCUUCAUGCAGAACUCAGUCGCCUCUCCUCUCAAACUCUUUAACCUAAAUUGUAGCUUUGUUGGAAGCAGUGGAAGCAACACAACCGAAGCUAGUGGGUUGAUGAAGGGGCUGAAGAGCCUCCUGCCCAACGUCACAAAGGAAGUGUUCUUGUGGUAUCUGAUAGUGAGUGAGGAUGCUCUGAGUCAGAUAGUCAAGGCUUCUUCCAAUGCGCAGAGGCUUACUGUAGGUUAUAGCAAAAUUAAUUUAACAAACUCAAACAUUCUCAAAAUCCAGACCUCAGACUCCCUCGACUUUACCUCCGCUGCUCAAUCCAAACUCGAAUACUUGAGCUUCAGAAUGUGUGCUUACGACAGCUGGUGCAACCAAGAAUGGGACAAGUACCCAGACAGAUUUGAAAAGAUUGUGGUGGCCAUCAAGAACUCCUCCCUCAAAGACUCCCUCAAGACCCUCAAUGUCUACAGCUGCAAGAUUUCCCCAUCCAAGGUGGGCGAACAACUGGAGACUCACGGGCUCUCCCACAUCAGUGUGGUGCAGGAAAAUAAUCUCCCUCUGACGGAAUAAUUUGUUGGUGAAAUGGAUUAAUUGAAGAAUAUAAUUCUUGUUCCACAGUCAUUCGAAAUUAGA